CUGACCAACACGCUUCGCGUUCAACUUCCAGCUGGGCAUCUUCAGGUCUAUCUUUGCACACGAUGUCUGUCGCACCCGCUGCUAUGCGCCGCCUCAUGCGCGAGCUGAGUGAGCUUCAAACGAGUCCACCGGAAGGCAUACGCGUUGUCGCCAGCGAGGAUAAUAUGCUGGACGUGACUGGAAUUAUUGAAGGACCAGAGGGAACUCCGUACGCCGGUGGUUACUUCAGGGUUAAAUUCCACUUCACGGAAGAAUUUCCGGCAGCACCACCCAAAUGCCGAUUCUUGACAAAAAUCUUCCAUCCAAACGUGUCGUCAGCAGGCGAGAUCUGUGUGAACACACUGAAGAAGGACUGGAAGUCAUCAUACGGCAUCGGGCACAUUCUUGUAACGGUCAAAUGCCUGCUGAUUUAUCCGAAUCCCGAAUCAGCGCUAGAUGAGGAAGCGGGCAAGCUGCUUCUCGAAAACUAUGACAGCUACUGCGAACGGGCAAAGCUGAUCACAAGUGUACAUGCAACACCCCGGAUGAAGCCAACAGAAUUUGUCACGUCUUCGUCGCCGCCGGAAGCGUCGACGUCGAAACCGCAGACGACUAAAGCAGCGUCGGUUACCCCUGCGCUAGCCACCGCAAUCGCGCCCUUCUCCGUCCCCUCAACCCCAGCGAUGCAGAAAAUUGCAACGUCGACACCAGCAAUGCCUCUGCAAUCAUCGCCAUCAAACGUGUUCGCGACGUCCACGUCGGCAUCAUCCAUUUCAAGCGAGAAAACUACCACGACGAAGGAGCGACUGACGUCUCCGGCGCCCCUGGGCACCGCUGAUUCGAAUGUGGCAGUAGCGGUCAAUAUUCCGGUGGGUGCAGGACCCGCGAAAGCAGUAAAGAGAUCUGCAGCCGGCGUGGCUGGCGCGGAGAAGCGGAAGAAGGCAUUGAAGCGUUUAUGACUGGACGUACAGAGCGACGGUCAUGUGGAGUGCUUGUUCUAGUUGUGGAGGUGUUGUCUGCUGGAUUCUUUAGCGUGUGGUACAGGAGGCUCGGACGUUGCUACCACCGUGUGUUGUAUCUCAUAUUACAUACCUCAUUUACCUCA